AGCCUGGUUAUACAGAGGUCAUUAGCAUCAGGAUAACAACACUGGCUUCUCUUUUUUCUCUUCAGGCUUCAAUCUGUCAUGGAGGCUGCAGCUGACUUUCUGAACGUGUUCCUCCCUGAGGCCGGGGGAUCGUCUCUGACACUCGGCCUCUUCCUCAUCUUUCUAGGUCUUCUGUACUGGUAUUCGUAUUACCCGUAUUCAGUCCUUUCUCGAUGUGGCAUCAAACAUCCGAAGCCGUUACCUUUCUUUGGCAACAUAUUCAUGUUUCGCGAGGGUUUAUUCGGCCCAAUCGCUGAUAUCAUAAGGACACAUGGCAGAGUGUGUGGCUACUACUUGGGACGCAACCCGGUGGUGGUGGUCGCAGACCCUGACAUGAUCAGACAAGUGUUGGUCAGAGACUUCAGCAGUUUCCCAAACAGAAUGACUGUUCACUUUCCCACCAAGCCCAUGUGUGACUCCCUGCUCAUGCUGAGGAACGAGCGCUGGAAGAGAGUGAGAAGCAUCCUGACCCCGUCCUUCAGCGCUGCCAGGUUGAAGGAGAUGGCUCCACUCAUCAACACAGUCACAGACGUUCUGAUUAACAACCUGAAUGUUUAUGCUGAGUCAGGAGAGGCCUUUGACAUCCACAAAUGUUUUGGCUGCUUCACCAUGGAUGUUAUCGCCAGUGUGGCGUUUGGAACUCAGGUGGACUCUCAGAAAAACCCAGAUGACCCAUUUGUCCGUCACGCUCAGAUUUUCUUCUCCUUCUCUCUCUUCAAGCCCAUCGCGUUAAUUUUCCUUGCGUUUCCUUUCCUCGCGGCUCCUCUGGUGCGACUCAUCCCCAACAAACGACUUAUCAAGAUGAAUGACUUCUUUAACAACAGCAUCAAGAAGAUCAUCACGCAGAGGGAGGAGCAGCCUCCUGAACAGAGGCGUCGAGACUUCCUCCAGCUGAUGUUGGAUGCUCGAACCAGCAAAGAGUCUGUGUCUUUGGAGCACUUCGAUACACUGAACCACACUGAUGAGCCCAAUUCCAGGAACCAGCAAGCGCAGCCAUCGGCCUCGGAUCAGGAGGCCCACAGCAGGGCUCCUCAGAAAAAGAUGAUCACUGAGGAUGAGAUCGUGGGUCAGGCUUUUGUCUUCCUCCUGGCCGGCUACGAAACCAGCAGCAACACCCUGGGCUUCACCUGCUACCUGCUGGCCAUCCACCCUGAAUGUCAACACAAAGUACAGGAAGAGGUGGACGAGUUCUUCACGAGACAUGAGUCACCAGAUUACACUAACGUUCAGGAGCUGAAGUAUUUGGACAUGGUUGUAUGUGAAGCACUGCGCCUCUACCCUCCUGGAUUCAGGUUUGCACGAGACAUCGACCAGGACUGUGUGGUGAAUGGACAGUUCCUCCCUAAAGGAGCAUCUCUGGAGAUCCCAGCAGGCUUCCUCCAUUACGACCCAGAGCAUUGGCCAGAGCCCGAGAGGUUCAUCCCUGAGAGAUUCACCCCAGAGGCCAAGGCCAAUCGACAUCCAUUUGUUUACCUACCGUUUGGGGCCGGUCCUCGUAACUGUGUGGGCAUGAGGCUCGCUCAGCUGGAGAUCAAAAUGGCUUUAGUUCGUCUGUUUCACAAAUUCAACAUCGUGGCCUGCACUGAGACAAAGGUUCCUAUUGAGUUGAAGUCAUCAAGCACGUUGGGACCCAAAAAUGGCAUAUUUGUGAAAAUCACGAGAAGAAACUCGGGAGGAGUUCGAUUCAAUUCAACACCAGAUGAUUAGAAACCCACUGUUCAUCUUCUUGGUUGGUGGAACAAGUUCCCAAUCAUCCAAUGCAAUAAGUUUUCUGAUGAUGAUGAUUCACCAUGUGUGUAGUUCAGUGACCUAAGAGAUAAAAGGUGAAUAAAGACGGAACGGCAAAACGGGUUAAA